AGAGGAGAAACCAGAUUCGUCGAUAUUCGAUUACUUCGUGUCGCCAAUUGGCAGUUGGCAGUUGUGGAAAACUCUAGUGAUGCCCUACGUCUAUCCGGAGAACUCAACUCCGGACUAUCUAAGCAUUCUAAUUCCGAUCGUGGAUAAUGUUCGGAUUGAUUACCUGAUCAAUGUGAUAGUGAAGCAGGAGAAAGCGGUUUUGCUGAUCGGUGAACAAGGAACGGCAAAGACCGUUAUGAUGAAAAGCUUUAUGAAAAAGUUAAACUCGGAAACGCACAUGGGACGAUCGUUCAACUUUUCGUCCGCUACCAGUCCCUAUCAUUUCCAGAAAACCAUCGAAAGUUACGUUGAGAAGAGAUUGGGUAACAUGUUUGGACCUAGCGGUGGUCGGAAGCUUCUGGUUUUUAUCGACGAUGUCAAUAUGCCGCAAAUCAACGAAUGGGGCGAUCAGAUUACGAACGAGAUCGUACGACAGACGAUGGAUAUGAGAGGAUUCUACAGUUUGGAGAAACCGGGCGAGUUUACGAAUAUAGUGGACGUCCAAUUUGCGGGGGCAAUGGGUUUACCCGGAGGUGGCCGAAGUGAUAUACCAGCGCGACUAAAGCGGCAGUUCAGUGUGUUCAACUGCAACAUUCCUGAUAAUACGUCGAUAGAUACGAUCUUCAGAACACUUGGGGAAGGUCACUAUAAUGUGAAACGAGGAUUUUCGCUAGAGGUGCGAAAACUGGUAAAACGCUUAGUGCCUCUGACGCGAAAUUUAUGGCAACGUACUAGAGAGCAGUUGCUACCGACUCCAGCUAAAUUCCACUACGUAUUUAGCUUAAGAGAUCUUUCCCGCAUAUGGCAAGGAAUGAUUGGAACCCUUUCGACGGUGAUCACUUCCGAGGCAGUCCUGAUAUUGCUGUGGAAAAAUGAAUGUACCCGAGUGUUUGCGGAUCGUUUUGUAUCGAUGUCGGACACGGAGUGGUUCCUGAACGAGAUGCUGAAGGUAUUGGAGGGGGAUCUUGGGCCGGAAUACAAGGACAUGGCAGGAUCUAGUCCGGUAUUUGUUGACUUCAUGCGAGAUGCCCCGGAACCAACUGGCGAGGAAGGUGAAGAAACGGAUAUGGAACUACCGAAGGUAUACGAACCAGUAUCGGACUUCCAAAUAUUACGGGAACGCUUGAAUAUGUUCCUACUGCAGUUCAAUGAAAUGAUACGUGGCACCGGAAUGGAUUUGGUAUUUUUCCCGGACGCGAUGCUUCACCUGGUAAAAAUAUCCAGGAUCAUUCGUCACCCGAGGGGAAACGUAAUGUUGGUCGGCGUUGGUGGAUCCGGUAAGCAAUCGCUUACUAAACUUGCUUCGUUCAUCGCCGGAUACAAGACCUUCCAGAUCAGUUUAACACGCUCCUAUAACGUAGCAAACUUUCUUGAAGAUUUGAAACUCUUGUACCGAUCUUGUGGUGUACAAGGCAAAGGAACUACUUUUCUAUUCACCGACAUGGACGUUAAAGAGGAAAGCUUCCUCGAGUAUCUGAACAACAUACUGUCAUCAGGGGUGAUAUCGAACUUGUUCAACAGAGACGAACAGACGGAAAUAGUCUCAGAGCUGACACCAACGAUGAAGCGCGAGAACCAAAAGAAGAACGUGACACAAGAAACUGUCAUGGAGUACUUCCUCCAACGAGUCUGUCACCAUCUUCAUGUGGUCUUCUGCUUCUCUCCGGUCGGCGAAACUUUCCGACGCAGAGUUAUGCGGUUCCCGGCGCUGGUUUCUGGUUGCACCGUUGACUGGUUCCAACCGUGGCCGAAAGAUGCGUUGGUUGCAGUUGCCCGACACUUUCUAACUGACUUUUCCAUCGAGUGCACAGCAGAGGUGAAGGAUGAGUUAGUGAAUGCUCUCGGAACUAUACAGGACAUUGUAUCGAUGACAUCGACAGAGUACUAUCAGCGGUUCCGUCGAGCAACGCAUGUAACUCCCAAGUCGUACCUGAAUUUUAUAGGCGGGUAUAAGAACAUUUAUACUCAGAAACACAAGGAGUUGUGCGACGGAGCGGAGAAGAUGGACACUGGUCUGGAAAAGCUAGCCGAAGCAUCGGAGUCGGUGGAGAUUCUUAAAAUAGAUCUCGCUCACAUGGAAAAGGACCUGGUGGAAGCAUCCGCUAAGGCUGAGCGGGUACUGGUGGAAGUAACCGAGCGUGCCAUGCAAGCCGAGGUAUUCAAGAACCAAGUCCAGGUGGUAAAAGAGAAGGCUGAAGCGCUGGUACAGAAUAUUGCCGCCGAGAAAGCUUUGGCUGAGGAAAAACUAGAAGCGGCUAAACCGGCACUAGAAGAAGCUGAAGCUGCACUAAACACUAUUAAGCCGGCCCACAUUGCAACGGUUCGUAAGCUCGGCAGACCCCCGCAUUUGAUUAUGCGCAUCAUGGAUUGUGUGUUGAUAAUGUUUCAACGAAAGUUACACCCUGUAAUUGCGGACACUAGUGCGCCUUCUCCGAAGCCUUCGUGGCAGGAGUCACUAAAAAUGAUGGCUAGCACCACCUUCCUGCUGCAGCUGCAAAACUAUCCAAAAGAUACGAUCAACGAUGAAAUGAUCGAGCACUUGCAGCCGUACUUCCGCAUGGAGGAUUAUAACAUGGACACUGCAAGAAGGGUGUGUGGCGAUGUCGCUGGAUUGUUAUCUUGGACAAAAGCUAUGGCAUUCUUCCAUGGCGUGAAUAAGGAAGUGUUGCCUCUCAAGGCAAAUUUGAUGAUGCAGGAAGCUCGUUUGAAGAUAGCCAUGGACGAUCUGGCCGCUGCUGAGAAUCAGCUGGCAGAGCGCGAAGCAGCCCUCCAGAAGGUCAAAGAUCAGUAUGAUGCGGCCGUUUCGGAGAAGCAACGAUUAACUGAUGCUGCGAACAGUUGUUUGCGCAAAAUGACCGCGGCAACUGCGCUUAUCAAUGGACUUGGCGGUGAAAAGGCACGCUGGACGCAACAGAGUAAGGAGUUUAAAAUCCAGCUCGGCAAGCUAGUUGGUGACGUUUUGCUGGCGACCGGUUUCCUGUCCUAUUGCGGCCCAUAUAAUCAAGAAUUUAGAGGAAAUCUUUUCAAAACAUGGAUGAAUAUAUUGAGAACUCGGACCAUCCCGUAUACGACAGGACUCAGUAUCAUCGGAAUGUUGACAGAUUCGGCUACCAUUUCAGAGUGGAAUCUACAGGGACUACCGAAUGAUGAACUAUCAAUACAGAAUGCAUUGAUUGUAACUAAAUCAAGCAGCUACCCGUUGCUAAUUGACCCGCAGAGCCAGGGAAAGAUUUGGAUUAAAUGCAAGGAGGACCAAAAUGAACUUCAAAUCACUUCGCUGAACCAUAAAUAUUUCAGAACACAUCUGGAGGACAGUUUGUCCUUGGGACGUCCACUACUUAUUGAGGAUGUUGGGAUAGAACUGGAUCCGGUUAUCGACAACGUGCUGGAAAAGAAUUUCAUCAAGUCAGGUUCGAUGGAAAAAGUGCUCGUAGGAGAUAAAGAAUGUGAUGUGAUGCCCGGUUUCAUGUUGUACAUUACCACAAAGCUCCCGAAUCCUCCAUUCAGCCCGGAAAUUAGCUCGAAAACGUCGAUUAUUGACUUCACAGUGACCAUGCGAGGGCUGGAAGAUCAGCUACUCGGACGGGUGAUUUUAAUGGAGAAAGCUGACCUGGAGUCCGAGAGAGUACAGUUGUUCGAAAGUGUGAUGAAAAAUCAGCGCAGCAUGAAGGAGCUUGAGGCUAAUUUGCUACUUCGUUUGACAUCCACAGAGGGUUCUCUGGUGGAUGAUGAGGCCUUGAUUGAAGUGCUCCAGGAGACAAAGACAACCGCGGAGGAUGUAAACCAGAAGUUGAAGAUCGCCGAGGUUACCGAGAAGAAAAUUAUGAUCGCCAGAGAGGAGUUUCGUGCCGUGGCAGCUCGUGGUUCGAUUCUAUACUUUUUGAUCGUUGAAAUGUCUAACGUUAAUGUAAUGUAUCAAAACUCGCUAAAGCAAUUCUUAAUAAUUUUUGAUAACUCCAUCACAAAGUCAGCCAAGAGUAACAUAACAGAAGAACGCAUUAAUAUUAUUUUACGCUAUUUAACCUACGAAGUUUGGGCUUUCACGAGUCGCAGUUUGUACGAGAGACAUAAGCAGCUUUUCACUUUAAUGUUGGCAAUAAAAAUUGAUUACCAGAAGGGACACAUUAGUCAUGAUGAAUUUAUGGCCUUCGUGAAGGGUGGUGCAUCGUUGGAUUUGAAUGGAGUGACACCGAAACCUUUUCGAUGGAUUCUCGAUGUAACUUGGCUAAACUUGGUUGAAAUCAGCAAACUUAAAACUUUCCACGGGAUAUUGAAGAAAAUCGAGUAUAACGAGCGAGACUGGAGAGUCUGGUAUGAAACAGAAAGGCCAGAAUUAGAAGUGAUUCCUUGUGAGUACGAGCAUGACCUGGAUGUUUUUAGAAAGCUGCUGCUGAUUCGAUCGUGGAGCCCAGAUAGAACUAUAUCACAAGCUAGACGCUACAUUGAGGUUUCACUUGGUAAGGAGUAUGGAGAAAUGCAUAUACUAGAUUUGGAACAAACCUGGGUUGAGUCGGAACCAAGAACACCUCUAGUUUGCAUACUGUCUAUUGGUUCGGAUCCGACAGUACAAAUAGCGGCUCUUGCCAAAACCAAAGGCAUACCUCUUAAGACGGUUUCUAUGGGCCAAGGCCAAGAAUAUCAUGCUCGUAAGCUUAUGACGGAUUGCAUGUCUAUAGGAGGUUGGCUACUGCUGCAGAACGUGCAUCUCUCGCUGACCUUUUGUAAUGAAAUUAUCGAUAUUCUUAUUGAAACUGAACACGUUGCUGACUCGUUCCGCCUAUGGGUUACUACUGAAACGCACCCACAUUUCCCGAUAGGUUUGCUACAAAUGGCGAUAAAAUUCACCAACGAACCUCCGCAGGGUAUUCGUGCUAGCUUGAAACGUAGUUAUCUUUCCUUCACACAAGAUUAUCUUGAUUACACUUCCGCGACUCAAUGGCCACCGCUACUGUACACCGUCGCGUUUUUGCACUGCGUGGUCCAAGAAAGGCGCAAAUUUGGGCCCUUAGGUUGGAACAUACCAUACGAGUUUAACGCGGCAGAUUUCUCCGCUAGUGUGCAAUUCAUCCAGAAUCAUCUGGAUGAGAUGGAUCCGAAGAAAGGAGUUUCGUGGCAAACGCUCUGCUAUAUGCUCGGUGAGGUUAUGUACGGCGGCAGAGUAACAGACGACUUCGAUAAGCGUCUGUUGACCACGUUUACCCAGGUUUGGUUCUCCGAGCAUUUGUUAACACCAAGUUUUGAGUUCUACCGCGGUUAUCGUGUACCGAAUUCGCGCAACAUUCAAACCUAUAUCGACUAUAUUAACCAGUUGCCGAUAACGGAUACGCCGGAAGUGUUCGGACUUCACCCGAAUGCGGAUAUCACGUAUCAGAUCAACACCGCAAAGGGUAUUUUAGAUACAAUUCUCAGCGUGCAACCGAAAGAAGGCGGUGGUGGUGGCGGAGAAACGCGCGAGUCCAUCGUCUGCCAGCUUGCCAACGAUAUGCUGAGGAAGCUGCCCCCGCAGUAUGUGGCCUUCGAGGUGAAGGAAUCGCUAACAAGAUUGGGUGCCCUGUUGCCAAUGAACAUUUUCCUCAGACAGGAAAUUGACCGAAUGCAACGGGUCAUCAACACCGUGUACACCAACCUGUGCGACCUGAAGCUAGCCAUCGACGGGACGAUCGUGAUGAGCCACUACCUGCGGCAGUCGCUGGAUGCCAUGUACGAUGCACGCAUUCCGGAAAAAUGGCAGAAGUUAUCAUGGGAGUCCACAACGUUAGGUUUCUGGUACACGGAACUUCUAGAAAGAAACCAGCAAUUUCGGGCUUGGAUUAAUAACGAUCGGCCAAAGGUAUUUUGGAUGACAGGAUUCUUUAACCCGCAAGGUUUCUUGACCGCCAUGAGACAGGAAGUGACGCGUGCACACAAGGGUUGGGCAUUGGACUCGGUAGUACUGCAGAAUCAGAUAACCCGUUACAACAAGGAAGAUAUUCACGAUUCUCCCCAGGAAGGAGUUUACGUCUACGGCUUGUUUUUAGAAGGAGCAUCAUUGGACCGCCGGAGCGGUAAGCUAAUUGAGUCCAAAGCGAAGAUUCUCUACGAACAAAUGCCCGUUAUUUACAUCUACGCUAUAAAUACCACCGCUGGUAAGGAUCCCCGGCUAUACGAGUGUCCGAUUUAUCGCAAACCGCAGCGUACCGACCAAAAGUAUGUCGGAUCGAUAGAUUUCGAGACCGACUUUAACCCCCGCCACUGGACCCUACGAGGAGUGGCUUUGCUAUGUGAUAUCAAGUAGAAAAGUGUGUUAGAAAUUUGCUUGUUGUUACUACUUAGAAGCGCUUGUUCCUUGCUCUGGUAAAACUCUUGUAAUUAUCAACCGUUAAAACAGAGAAAAAAGCUAUAAUGCUGAAAUUUAAAGCAGACAAGAACAGUGCAGACCACCUUUACUUACUAGUAAAAAACUGAUAAAAAAAGUCAACAUCAGGGGCACGCUAGAUUAUACGUUCCAAAAACAGGACAUUUAAAUUGUAGAAUUGUUUGUGUGAUAGAAAAAAUACAGCACCCAAGCGUGUGAUAACUGUUCCACUUUC